GGUGAUUUGUAAUUUAAAAAUUCGACAUGGCAUCCUCAUUGAUUUGCAGCGAAACUCAGAGCAGAGUGAGUUCAGUGCUCAACAGAGACGUGAAGCAGUUUGGAAAGAAGUACAUGUUCGACUGCAACGAAGAGACGUGCUGGAACUCAGACCAGGGUGAAUGUCAGUGGGUGUCUCUGGAGUUCCCCCAAUCGGUCAAGGUGUCUGAGUUAAAGGUCCAGUUCCAGGGAGGCUUCUCGGCAAAAACAUGCAGACUAGACGGUUGCCCAAAAGAUGGAGCCUUUACAGAGAUCAGCCAUUUUUAUCCAGAGGACGACAACUCUCUUCAGAGCUUUCCCAUACAGGAGGCCUCUGCAGUGGACAAAGUAAAAAUAAAGUUUGAGAAUAGUGCCGACUUUUUUGGGAGGAUAAUUGUUUAUUCCUUGGACGUCCUGGGAGAAAGAGCCUCGUGACCAUUUUUUGUUUUUUUUUUCAUUCUGCUCGUGAGAGAGGAAAUGACUCCUGAGUAAAGUACAGGAUGCACGACGGUGUGGUGGCACUUAAGGGAAACAUGUCAUCUGUGCCGCCACCUCCAUCAACUGAUGUGAAUGUGGCCUUUUUUGGUAUGGACGCUCUCAGGGAUCUGUCGCUCUCAGAUAUACAUUUUUAUUAAAAACUUGUUCACAUU